AUGUUUGACCCUUUGAACUCGACCGCCGCUGUCUUUGGAGGCGACGAUCCAUCCGACGACGUCCCUGCCUGGCCUACGACACCUCAUAUUCCCAAUUCCCCCAUUCCCAACUUACGUCGCGCGGAUUCGUCUAUACCACCCACCCCCGUCAAGGGCCCAGCGGACGGGCUUUACGGGAAAGAACCUAAGAUAUAUGGACAGCCAGAAGCCGGCCUUAUAUCGCCUCGGGAGACACUUUCGUCGGAUGGGAAGGCUUUUGAGAAGCCAGACCCUUAUUUGCGCGUGAGGAUAACGGGGUUGGAUAGGAACAGGCGAGAUAUUCUCAUCAAACUUGAUGCUCAGACGAACCUAUCGAACUUCACCGGGACUACGUACCGCAAUGUGUCGCGGUCAUACAGCGAAUUUCAGCAGUUUUAUGAAUCUAUCGUCCACAGCAAUCCACAGACCAUUAUUCCUGCAUUACCACUCGCGCAGACGUCAGCACCUACAGACGAAGAAGACGACAGGCUCGUGAAGAUAAUGCUGCAACGGUGGAUUACCAGAGUCUGCGAGGACCCGAUACUGCUCUACGAUGAGGAUCUCCGCUCCUUCGUUGAAAGUGAUUUUGGAUACCAGCCCACUCCACGACCGCGACGUAAGACAUCUUCCGGCUUUGGCUUGAUGAAGCGCGGAGUGCCGGACGAGGACGAGGAAUUACAACGUGCACGCUUCGAGUUGACGAAACUUGAAGGUCAGUUCUUCGAAACAGCUAAAGCCGUCGAUAAAUUGGCGCUCGCACGGAAAUCGCUCUCUAUCGUACACGCCGAAAUGGGUAAUAAACUCAUCAGUGUUGCAACUACCGAAGCACAUCCACCACUAGGAAACGCGCUCCGGAAACUUGGUAGGACGUGGCACAGUCUAGCCGACCUUGAUCAAGCUCAGGCAAUCAGCGAAUGUGUUAUUCUUGGAGAUUCUCUCGGUUAUCAGGGCUUGAAUGCACGGUCGGCAAAGGAAACCCUACAACAGAGGACUGGUGUUUUGGAAGAGUAUCAGUCUGCCGUCAAGACAACUAUAUCAAAAAGACGCCAUAUCGAACGCCUAAAGGCCAGCUCCAAUAUUCGUCCAGAGCGAGUUGAUGAAGCAUUGGAGGAAAUGGAAGAGGCAAACAAGUACGAACAGAUCCUUGCGAGACGUGCUGAGGGCAUCUCGCAAAACCUUCACAAAGCCUUGCAGACUUACAACCGACACGCAAAUGACGAUAUUACGAGUGCCUUGAUCGAGCACGCUCGGUCGUCCAUCAUGUAUGAAAGGCAGCUACUUCGCGAACUGGAAGCAUUACGCGUCGACGUGAGCACGGCUGCCGACAAAGCGAUGCCCCCCGUGGUGGUGCCGAAACCGACCAUCGUUCCUCCACUAGAAGACUACUCCAGACCAUCCAUGCCCUCGGCACCAGUGGCAGACUCCAUUAGAAAUACUCUGCCGACACCCCCAAACACGACACAAACCUUCAAUAAUCGGGGCCCACCCUUCUCAUCGUUGCCCCAGUCACAGCCAACGUCGCCUCGGCCUGACUCGAUGGUAGCUUCUUCCUCAGGGAAACCAUCACCCUCAGCCAGUCAUCAAGGAUUCACCUCGCCAUCGUCAUCACAGUUUGCAUCCCCUAGUCGCCAACAAUUCUUGCCUAGCCCAUCCUUUCAAUCAGGUCUCCCGCGCCAGUCACUCCCUCAGCCAAGUUCGCCCCUUGCCCCUCAGUCCCCUGGCGCUGGCCCCUCUUCUCCCGCCCCGCAGUAUGCUACAUACGCCUCUUCCUCCUCCUCCAAUGUUCCCCCGUUGGGCGGUCGGUUUGUUGACGGUACCCAGUCCAUGUUCAUAAAACCCCAAUCUGCUGCCCCAGCUCGUCAAACUCCUGCCGGUCCAUUGGCCAACGGCGAACCAUAUGAUCCUCUCAUUCGUCCCACAACGGCCUCUCCCACAAUCCACUCAUCACAUGGCUUCAAUGGAGUCAAUGGACACCCCACUUCUCAAGGUGGCCCGCUGGAUCCUCUGGGACAGGCCAUGCCGAAGCAUAUGUCUCAGUCAAUGCGCAUUCAACCCGCUCGACCACGGCUAGACGCCCGCGAAGCCGCUAGCAAACUUGCUAAUAUGUUCUAA